AUGUCGUGGAAACUCACGAAAAAAUUGAAGGAAACACACCUGGCGCCGCUCACGAGUGGGUUUAGUCGCUCAACUUCGACUUCAACAGUGAAAGCGGGUGAAGAGGAGCACACACCUACACCUCAAGAUGCACCCCCAAAUACAAUGUCACAAACGCCGAGCAAUGUGAGCACAACUUCUGCCAAUGGAAUUGCUGCCUCUGAGGCUAUGAGCAAUCCCCCUGUACAGACGACCAAGCCAGGUAUCCUGAUCGUGACCCUGCACGAAGGCAAGGGCUUCUCUCUGCCGCAGCAAUACCAGCAGGCGUUCAACAACUACUACGGUGGUGCUCAAGCCGGCUCUGUCCGACCAAACUCCUCAUAUUCCGCAAACUCCGUCGCUGGUUCCUAUGCUCACAGCAAUCGUCCUGUCUCAACGCACGGCGGGAUCAAUGCCGCUCCUACGAUCCAUGGUCGAUACAAUAGCAAGUACCUUCCCUACGCUCUCCUAGAUUUCGACAAGGUCCAGGUCUUCGUCGAUGCAGUCUCAGGCAGCCCUGAGAACCCAUUAUGGGCUGGAGAUAACACCUCAUUCAAGUUCGAUGUAUCAAGAGUUACCGAAUUGAGCGUCCAACUGUACCUGCGAAACCCGGCUGCACGACCAGGUGUUGGCAGAAGUGAAGACAUCUUCUUGGAUCCCAAGAAGAGCAAGAAGGACAACGAGAAGGCUGAGGCGGCUCAUCGUCAUCAAGAAGCACAGGCUGGCCAACUUGGCGCUGAGUGGCGCGAUAUUCAAUUCGGAAGCGGCACCAUCAAGAUUGGCGUUAACUACGUUGAGAACCGCGAAGGUAGCCUGAAGAUCGAUGACUUCGACCUGCUCAAGGUUGUCGGCAGAGGGAGCUUUGGCAAAGUCAUGCAGGUCCUGAAGAAGGACACUGGCCGAAUCUACGCCCUCAAAACUAUUCGCAAAGCACACAUCAUCUCUCGAUCAGAAGUCGCUCACACCCUCGCCGAACGAUCGGUCCUGGCCCAGAUCAACAACCCCUUCAUCACACCCCUCAAGUUCUCCUUCCAAUCACCAGACAAGCUGUACUUCGUCCUUGCUUUUGUCAACGGCGGUGAGCUCUUCCACCACCUUCAGAAAGAGCAGCGAUUCGACAUCAAUCGAUCAAGAUUCUACACAGCCGAGCUUCUUUGUGCACUAGAAUGUCUGCACGGUUUCAAGGUCAUCUACCGAGACCUCAAGCCUGAGAACAUCCUUCUCGAUUAUUCCGGUCACAUUGCCCUAUGCGAUUUUGGUCUCUGCAAAUUGGAUAUGAAGGACGAAGAUCGCACCAAUACGUUCUGCGGAACUCCUGAGUAUCUAGCUCCCGAACUGCUCCUUGGUCACGGCUACACGAAAUCAGUCGAUUGGUGGACUCUCGGUGUCUUGCUGUACGAGAUGUUGACAGGCUUGCCACCUUUCUACGACGAGAACACCAACGAGAUGUACCGCAAGAUUCUGCAAGAGCCUCUUCACUUCCCUGGACCAGAGAUCGUCCCUGCAGCGGCCAAAGAUCUUCUGACCAAGCUACUCGACCGCGACCCAGAGCAGCGUCUCGGUGCUAACGGCGCUUCCGAAAUUAAAGCGCAUCAUUUCUUCGCCAACAUCGACUGGCGGAAGCUGCUGCAGCGCAAAUACGAGCCAAGCUUCAAGCCCAAUGUGGCCGACGCUCGUGAUACCGAAAACUUUGACAAAGAAUUCACCUCCGAAGUGCCCAAGGACUCGUACGUUGAGGGUCCGGUUCUGUCCCAGACUAUGCAGCAACAAUUUGCUGGCUGGUCAUACAAUCGCCCGGUGGCUGGUCUCGGCGAUGCUGGCGGCAGUAUCAGAGAUCCCUCGUUUGAUGACUACGCACGUUGA